UAUGUAUGUACAUGUGUAUAUAUUUUUCUCGUAUAUGUUUUUUCUACGAUUUUUCUUCCAUAUUUUUUUCGUCGUGUAUUGAAGAAUAAUUUUCACUGAUUUCCGUACGGCAUUUUUCACUACCCAGCUGAAAAAGGCAACAAAAACAACACGAGUAGUAUCAGCCACCAGCAGCAGCAGUUCAUGUAAAAAGAAACAAGAAUCAAAAUAAUAGUGUGUGUUUGUUUAUUAUUUUUCUAUUCUACAAAAUAUUAAUAAUAAAAAUAUAAGAAAAAUAAGAAAAAACAUAAGAGGGCCCAACACAAAAUACACAAUCAACAUCAUCAUCAGCAGCCAGUCAGUCAGUUAGUCAAAGCCGUGUAGUAGUAAUCAUUAUUUUUGUUGGAUUGUUUCUUGUAUUUUACUUGAAUUUGAGCUAGUGAGGGCAAGUCAGAGCUUUUGGCCCAUGUUAUAAAAAUGUCUGAGUAUCACCGUUUGACGGAUCAAAAAUAUUCGGAAGCUGAAUAUCUCUUCCAGACAAUCGAAAUGGCCAAAUCAGAUGAGGAAUUCAAUGUGGAGUUGUGUUCCACGCCACCAUCGCACACAGAAUUAGAAUUGGCAUUGAUGGACAACGACUUAGAGUCCAUAUAUUCGUGGAAGUUAGUAAAACGCAGACGACCCCGCCGCCGUUACACUGUAUCUCAUGGUGGAGGAGGUGGUGGUAGCGGCGGAGGAAAUAGUGUUAAUGGUCAUAAUGCUAAUGUUUGCAAUCUAGGAGGCGGUGGUAGUGGCGGAUUGCCACCGGCUCCUCCUUCCACGCCCACUUCACUAACACCCACUAAUACAAGCCUCUCAUCGUCGCUACCGAAUUCAGGCGUCGGAGGCGUUGUUACCGAAGAAGAGCAACAACGUCUCGAUAGUCUACUCUACAUUCUCGAUUAUGCACCCAAGUACAAAAAGAAAUUGAAGGAACAGCAACGCACUGAUGCUGAAUUAGCAGAACUUUUUAAUGUUGUCUCCAUAACCGCCACAAAUGGUACAUCAUCGUCGUCCUCUUCGAAAACUAAAUUCCAGCCAGAGCGCGGUGUCUCCUCAACAUCGCGCUCUAUACGCAAACACGAUGUGAAAUCUAUGAAAAUCUUUAAGGUUCACCGCAACCUAAAGGAAUCGUUUCGGGAACGCGAUGAAGAAGAUUCCGUUUCGGCGCCCGAAUACGAUACCGAAGAAGAAGAUACCCGCUUUCAUCGUUUGGGCCGCAUAAAGCCCUCUCAACGGUUGUCGCUAACAAAGCGGCAACGACGUUUUGCCCGCUUUGAACAUGCCGAACGUAUGGAGGCAAUGGUUGAUAUUUUUGAUGAAGCCAUGAAUUUUAAUGAAACCUAAAAGGUAUCAUUCAAUUUAUUAAUGUCUUAUUAGAACGUUUCUUUGUUGUGGACUUGGAGUUUCUCUCUUUUUUUGUUUUGGCAGUGGUUAGCAAAGGUAAACAAUACAAAUAUGAUUUCCCUUUUACUUUUGCCAAGUAAAGAGAGUAUGUAUUUGCAUUAAGAGAUUUUUGUAUUUUUGAAAGAGUUAAAAGCGAAACUAGAAAUUUCGGAAAUAUUUAAUAUUUCAAAGAAUAUUUUAAUAAAACUUGACUACACAAUUUGGCGGAUUUCGAAUUUUAUCUAACUUUGUGAAAAUUUUAAUUAAAAAUCAAAACUAAUGGUUGAGCACAAUAUCGAAAGAAAUAGAAAUGACUUUAAACUAAAGUUUAACCUUUCUAUUUUGUUAGGAUUACUAUGGAUUGUGAUUAAAACAAAUCAUUUAGAUCUCAAAAACUUGUACUGAAAUUAACUAAUCUUUAAAAUUAUUAUUUUUUAUCUCACUAAACAUAAAAUAAGUAUUUAUAAUAUUAGGUCUAGGAAAACAUAAGGUGAGAUAAACUGUGCAACAUUCUAAGUCUGAUUAGAAGUGAGUAAAAUUUAAACUCUUGAUUACACUGGAAAUCAUGUUAAAAAUAGUUUUUCUAUUCUUUUAAAACGUAUUUUGCAAAUAAAUUAACUGUUGUUUGGUUUUCGAAAUAGUAUAUUUAAUGUUCGCUUUUAAUAUUUUCUUGAUACAAAAUAUCCUUUCUAAAAUCACUUUGAAAACUCCAUAAUCUUUGAGAAAAUGAAAUAAGAUAUGAAUAAUUAUAUUAUUAAAAUAUAAAACUAUUAAAAACAUAAAAAAUAAUGCCCUAAGCGUUAAACUUUUAAAAAUGGGUCUCAAUGUGAUGAAGAAUGAAUUUCUGUGUAAUUUUAAAUUAUUAUUUUUUUUUAUUAUUUCAGUUUAUUAUAUAAUAUUUAGUAAUUUCCUAAUGAAUUAAGUUUUAUUUUUCCUUUUUUUUUAUAAUUUUGUACUACAAUGUGUAUUAAAAAUAAUCAUUCGCAAGCAAAGAAAAAAAUAAUUGUUUUAAAAAACCUCAGACUUAAUGAAAAGAUUUAUUUAACUUAAAAAAAACAACAGUAAAUAAGUAUGUAGUGUAAAAAAGUACCUUUUUACCAUGAUGCCUCCUCUCUUGAUUCCUAUCCCAGACCACUUUAAUUGUCUCAUGAAAUUUUCAAGUUUUAUUUUCAUGUUUUUAAGAAAGAGUUGUUGCAUCUUUGUACUUGUUUUAUUUAAGUUUUUAAAACUCUUUUCUUAUUUAAUUUUUGGUUUUGUUGUUUAAGUUCUGAAUAAAAAUACUUAUGAAUUUAGUAAAAAAAA